AUGACACAAUUAUAUUUAUUUUGCUGGUUCGGAAACGAAUUGACGCUCAAAAGCCAAGAAUUAGGAAGAUCCAUAUUUAAAUGCAAUUGGACUUUGUUUCAUAUAGAAUCUGUCAAAAGCCUUUUGUUAAUAUCAAUUCGUUCAACAAAACCAAUCGUCAUAUCCUGUGGAUGUUGCAUAACAUUUACCUUAGAUACUUUCAGCAAGAUUCUAAAGGUUUCUUAUACAGCCUUCAAUGUACUCAGAGAUUCAGCAUAUGCUGAAAAACUAAAUGAAGUUUUGUUCCCAAUAAUUCUCACGCAGUUUACAACAAGUUUUUCGAUAUUGUGCGUGACUGGUUAUUUACUAAUCAAGUCAUCCAUAUUAGAAACUCUUCGUUUCAUUAGUUAUGUAAUAGCUAUGUUGGUUGAAAUUUUCAUUUAUAAUUGGUAUGCCAAUGAAGUUUCAACGAAGUUUAAUUUAUGUAUUUCUGAAAUAAAUUGGACUGCCAUGCAUGUUCAAAGUAUGAAAGAAAUAACAAUUAUGAUGAUUCGCUCGACAUCGCCAAUAGUUUUUUCAUGCGGUUCAUUAAUUCAAUUAUCUUUGACGAGUUUCAUGAAAAUAUUAAAAAUAUCAUACUCAGCUAUUAAUCUUCUUAUAUCAUCAUGA